AUGUCAAGGAAAUACAGCAUCCAGUUCAAGUGCCAUUUUGACCUGACCCUCUACCCGUUCGACUCCCAGCAUUGCUACAUGAAGCUCAGGGUUUCCGGCUCGACGUCUGAUUAUAUCGGCUUCAACCGCAAUUCGACCGCCAGGUAUAACGGGUCUGAGGUACGCGAUGUGCUGUUGAUGGAGUAUUCUGUCGGCGAAACGACGCUGAGUGUGGACAACAAGGAGGAAUUCGCGGCACUGAAGGUGAAGCUGGAAUUGAUACGGAGAUCGGGGUACGCCAUACUCAACAUCUACACUCCCUCCCUCACCCUCAUCAUCAUCAGUUACGUCACCUUAUUCUUCCGCGCUGACAUGUUUGAAGUCAGGGUGAUGUCAGCUCUCACGGCGCUGCUCGUUCUGGCUACGAUCUUCACGCAGGUGUCCGCCGCCCUUCCUAAGACAUCGUACUUUAAGAUGGUGGAUAUUUGGCUUCUGUUCUGCAUUAUCCUCACUUUCGUCAUCAUCAUCUGGCACACCGUCCUGGAUAUUCUUCACAACCAACCCAAGGCGCUGAUGGUGGCUGCCAUUGGGGAUAACAAGGUGAGACCAUCAGGCAUGAGCAACAAUUGGACGAAGCAAAAAAGUCGGGCCGAAAAAGCUGUGACUUAUUCGCACACUUCGGUUGUCGUCAUCUUCUUGAUCUUCAAUAUGGCAUACUGGUUUUAUAUCCUUGUUUAA